AUGAGAGACGUUCGGCUAAGCGAGUUGAAGGAACGGCGCAAUUCGAUGGUUGCCCGUCGCGGCGCCCCAGGAGCGCCGCAGCGCAUCGACUCGGUUUCUUUGGGGGGCUCUUCGGCGCGCGGCUCCUCCAACAGUUCGCGAGAAAGCUCCAAGGACACGGCCAAGGCUGAGGAUGCGCCGGCUGCAGGCCCUGACUUCCUGGAUCCACGCUUGGAGCGGACGGACACCCGGGAAAGCAGAGUAAGGGAGCCAGGGGGCAAGGUGUUGAGCUCCCCGAGUGGGCUCUCGCUCUCGCUCAAAGCCCGAAGCAGUCCUCGUGCGAGCCGCAAAAGUAGCCUCGCCAGUGCCAGCAAGGCUGGCUCCGACUCCGAUGAAGGCUCUCCUUCACAGGGCGGUUCCAGUGCCCCCUCCCCGACGCCUUCACGUGGCAGCCCGAGCCCAGCAUCUGGGCGCUCCCCGAGAAAGCGAGGCACGCAGGUCGGUCGCAAAAAGCAGCCGCAGGCCAAGAAGCGCUCCGCCAAGCGUGCAGCAACCGCUGCUCCGCGAUUGACAGGCAAAAGCACGCGGGAUUUUGUCGACGACGAUGAGGAGGAGGAUGACGCGCCAGACGACGACCUGCUGUCCCGUCGAGCGAGCAUGCAAUCCGUGGGCCAGAGCAGUGCCGACCCCAACUCGCAGGAGGGCCUUUCGGAGCAGUUGAAGCGCUUCUUGAAGAUGGACAAAGACUCACAGCGCCUCGAGGAGAAGGUUCGUGAGGGUGCAGAGAGGCUAACUUAUGCUCGUGCUGAACUCGUCGGCGAUAGCUCCUCUCCCUUGGACUUGAGCAGGCUGAAGAACCUCACCGGCGACGAGCGCACGAAGGCUUUAGCCCAGGACUCACUGUCAGACCUCCGCCAGAAGUGGCAGACGAUCCUCGAUAGGCGCACGACGCUGGAAGCGGAGCUCCCCGCCGCAGCAGCCGUGCGCCAAGCUGGACAUCGCAGGAGCCGCACAGAGGAGGAGGCCUUUCAGGAGACCUACCAGCUGCUCCUCUCAGAGAUCCAGGCCAAUGCUGCCUCUGCAGAGAAUACAGAGGCGUAG